AUGUGCUACCGCCAAACCGUGGGGGAUAUCUACGAGGCAUGCAAUUGCUUCUACAUGCUCUACAAUAUUCCCGGCACGAUUGACUGCGAGGACCCGCUCUGCAUACACAGCACGUUGCAUAGGCAUACGCAUCCCAACUGCGGCUGUCGUGAUCAAAUCAUCGAAAUUCGCAAGGCGCGCAACCGCUUUCAUUUCGCCUGCGAUGAUUGUCGCCGCCGCGAAUUCGACCGGCGGGCGCGCGAGCCCGUACGCGGGAGAUAA